CAAAUCCAGUGAGAAACAAACCUUCGCUCUCCAUGGUCACGGAACUGCUAUAGAUGACCCAACUAAUUGCCCAUGGAUUGAGAGAGUGUCUAUCAAACUGGGGUCUGAAAGAAGAGGACCAGACGUGCAUCACAACUGACAAUGCAGCAAACGUCAUCAAAGCUAUGGAGCUUAAUCAGUGGACUACACUUCAGUGUUCUGGCCACAGGCUGCAUCUUGCCAUUGAAAAUGCUGUCAAAGAUGAUGCAAGAGUGAAACGGGCAACAGGAGUUUGUAAACAGCUGGUUGGCGUUUUCUCUCAUAGCUGGAAAAAGAAGUCAGCACUGAAAAAGGCACAGCAAGAAUUAAAUCUACCCGAGCACUCACUGAUUACAGAGUGUCCGACAAGAUGGGGCUCAAGGCAGAAGAUGAUCGGGAGGGUGUUGGAGCAGAGCAAGGUAUUGUCUCAGGUUCUGUCUGCAGACAAGACGACAUGUCACCUGGUCCCCACUUGUCAGGACACAGAUGUCCUUGAGUCAAUAAACAAUGCCCUUGGUCCUCUUCAGGAGUUUACAGAUGCCCUGUCCGGUGAAGCCUAUGUAAGCAUGUCAUACCUGAAGCCAGUUCUCCAUCUCCUGAGAACAUCAACCCUGACUGAAAGUGAUGAGGACAGUGACCUUACCAAGGAAAUCAAGUCAAGAGCUCUCGGCUACAUUGAGGCUAAAUAUGGUGACCCAGCCACACAGGAGCUACUGGACAUCACUUAGUUCCUUGAUCCUAGAUUCAAGACUCACUACAUCAGUGCAGAGAAUCUCCCAGACAUCAAAGAAAGGGUGAAGAUCGAAAUGGAACAGGUGGCACGAAAGGUAACUUGUCCUGUUUCUUUGUGUAGUUUAAUAAUACAAAAUGCCACAUCAAUACAAGUGAUAUUUUUAUUAUAUUGACUGUCAUUUUUUAAUGUUUACAUAGAAUGCCCAAUUGCUCAAAAUGACAUCAGACUACAAAACUUUGACAGCUCUCAUCUCUGUGUUUUGCAGGAAAGAGGGCUCGUGUCAGCACCACAGAUGCCAUGCCCCAGGGUGCAGCAGAGGCAGAGCCAUCCACAUCCACCGUAGGGAAGGGAAAGCGGUCAUUGGGCAGCUUCUUGAAGAGCAGGUCUGUGCCUCCUCCUUCCUCCACUAUGCAGUUGGAGGAUGCCAUUAAACAGGGUUCCUACACAUUUGGAAUUUCAAAAGUCCAUACUUUUCCAUACCCAAAUUUCCAGACUUCUCGGUUGUUGUUGUUUUUUUUUAGAGAAUAUGCAACAUCUGAGUAAAUAUAUCAUUUCACAUCAUAUUUAAUUAUUCUUAAUAACCGACUGUAGCCAAGUACCAUAAUGCAGUGAUGCAAACACAGGUAUGGUGAAAACAGAGAGAGUCUCUGAACUUCUAGGGGGGUCUGGGGGCACGCCCCCCCGGAAGAAAAGUUUGACUAUUUUAAAGUUAAAAUACAUCAAUCUGGUGCACUUCGGGAGCAAAUUUAGGAGGCUAGAUAUAUGAAGAACUUCUUGUUCCUGUAAACAAUUUUGGCCACAGUAAGCUAAAUAUCUAAAAUAUGCAUUAACCAAGCUAAAAAGGCCAGAGAAUGUCAUGAGCAAAAGUCCCCAGUUUGCUUAACAAAGUGACAGUGUUAAAAAAAGCAAUAUAGGCUAUAUGUUUCUGAAGAGGAGCCCUGCAGUGUGCGAGCCUUUUCUUUACCUGCUCAGCUUUCCACAUUUUUGAGCUCAGCACCUGCACAAUUUUGUUCGUGGAUGUGCAUGCUUUUUGCUGCUUUGUCAACUCUGCCUCUUUCACAUGAAUGCGCUCAUUGCUGGAAAACACGGAUGACAGAGCGAGCUGAUAACCAGCUUUGUAGUACUGGUUAUCCUGGAUGGGCGCUGUUAGGCUCUGUGAAGCCAGCUCACCUAAAGAAAGCCUGGCUAUGUUAAAGGUGCAUCGUAGUACAGGCCGACUGGGGGAGAGCGAGUAUCAGAGCAGAGACAGUGGAGUGACAGACCACAGGAGAGAGAAAGGCAGGCGAGCAGUGACACACAUUUUGCGACUAGAGUUGCUUUACCUGCGACCGCUGUUAUAUUUUUAUUCUCCCCUUCCUCAAUGCAGCUCCAUCAUGUAGCGUGACAAAAAUAGGAUUUGUUAUGAAUCGUUAAGGGCAUCUGUCAGUUAAAUUAUUUUUGGAAAUACCUAAUUUUCUAUUUUAGAAAACAAUAUUUUAGAACAGUGGUAAUAGUCUGGAAACAUAAAUAUUUUUCCAUACUUUAUUUUCAUUUUUCAUACUUUUUACUACCUGGAAAUUGAUCAAAUUUAUUUCCAUACUUUCCAUACUUGCGUAGGAACCCUGAUUAAAGCUGAGCUGGACAGCUACCUGAUGACUCCUACUACUAUUGAUGGAGAGGAAGAUCCACUGGCCUGGUGGAGAGUGCACAAUGUUAACUUUCCAUGGCUGAACAAACUGGCUUGUAAAUUCCUGUGCAUUCCAGCCACCAGUUCGCCAUCAGAGAGAUUAUUUAGUGCUAGUGGCAAUGUUGUCACAUGUCAGCGCUCAUGUCUAAAACCAUCAGAGGUUGACAUGCUGGUUUUCUUGACAAAAAAUCUGUCAAGAGUGAUUUAGAGAUGUCAGGGAAGCAAUUAUUAUUGUUGAUUUGAGAUUAUAUUUGUUCUGCACUUUACCCUGACUUGUGGUGUCAGUCUUUGUUAAAAAAGGUAUUUGCUAUUUUUCAGGAAAAAAAAGUUUUGUUUUGAUUAGAAAUAAGACCAAUAUUCUUGGUGAGAUUUUCAGUUUUUGCAGUGUGUUCUAUCGUUUACAGAGUAGAUGUGCAAUUUUUGGGUGAUGCUAAGCCAUAAAUGAAUGACCCACCUAUUUUAAUUUCUGACAUAUUUUUCAGAAGGGCAGAGGUAGGGUCAUUUUAUUUUAGUAAGAGUUUUAUUAUAUUACCAUUACUUUUCAAUUUCCCCUAAAGAUAGUCCAGGUUUCUUAAUCUAGGGUUAAAUAAAGUACUUUGACUGCUGCUAUAGAUGUUGAUAAGCUAGCUCUCUUGAGCCAUAAAAGACUGACCUUGACCUACCUACUUGAUUGUAAGACUGUUUACAAAAAGGCAAGAUCCUUUUUUCCUUCAUUGGAAUUGUUGAUCUUUUUUCUUCUUAUUAUUACAUAUUUAACAGUGCAUUGUUUUGUUUUGGAAUUGUUUUGUAUUUUAUUUAACUUUUUAACUUAACACAAUUAAGAUUUUUUUUUUUUUGCACUACUUGUUUUAAAUUAAGACAGUCAAAGAUGGUUCUUUUCGUUCUUCAGUUGUAAUAACUGCUGUUGGUCAAGGACUUUAAAAAAAACCUUUAGUAUUCAUCCUUUCAUUAGAGUAAAUAGCAUUUAAUGUUUUGAUGGUAUGGUGUCAUUUUCUGUUAUGUUUUAAAUCGGUUACUAUGGUGAAUAUUGCAUGGAAGCGUGAUUUGAAGAAAAAUCGUGAAUUAAAUCGAAAUCGCCAUAUCUGCCUGAAAAAUCGCAAUUAGAUAUUUUCCUAAAAUCGUUCAGCCCUAGUUCAUAUUCACAAUUAAUCACAAUCAGCAACACAAAUGAAUUUUAACAGUGAAUAAUGCUAGAGGGAAUGAAUGACUGGAAGAGAAAUCAGAUCUGAGACUUUUUUGCACAUUUCCUGCACUGUAAAAAAAAGUUAAGCCUUUAAGGCCAUUAAGCCUUAUAAUCAGAAUAACUAAAUCAUAAAACAUAUAUACAUGUAUAUGUGACAGUAUGGGGGGAAAAAACGAAUAAAUGGGUAAAACAUCAUUAAUACACAAUAACAAUAAGCCAGCAACACUUUAAGUGCAUAAUUUUAAACUAAAACAGAGUAAACAGAGUCAAAU